UCUGUCGUUGGCAGUUGUCUCGACUUGGAGCAGUGCUCUCUCAAGGUCCUGGAGCCGGAAGGCAGCCCCAGCCUGUGUUUACUGAAGCUGCUGGCUGAGAAGGGCUGUACGGUCGUGGAGCUGAGCGACUUUCUGCAGGCCAUGGAGCACACCGAGGUCCUUCAGCUUCUCAGCCCCCCAGGAAUAAAGAUCACUGUAAACCCCGAAUCCAAGGCAGUCUUGGCAGGACAGUUUGUGAAGCUGUGUUGCCGGGCAACUGGACAUCCUUUUGUACAAUAUCAAUGGUUCAAAAUGAAUAAAGAGAUUCCAAAUGGAAAUGCAUCUGAACUUGUUUUUAACACAGUGCAUGUAAAAGAUGCAGGCUUUUAUGUCUGUCGAGUUAAUAAUAAUUUCACCUUUGAAUUUAGCCAGUGGUCACAGCUGGAUGUUUGCGAUGUCACAGAAGUAACAGAAAGCUUCCGGAGCAGUUGGGAUGGCAUCUCUGAAUCCAAGUUGCAAAUCUGUGUUGAACCAAAGUCCCAAAAACUGAUGCCUGGCAGCACGUUGAUCUUACAGUGUGUGGCUGUUGGAAGCCCCAUUCCUCAGUACCAGUGGUUCAAGAAUGAAUCCCGAUUAACACACGAGACAAAAAAGCUAUACAUGGUACCUUAUGUGGAUUUGGAGCAUCAAGGAACCUACUGGUGUCGUGUAUAUAAUGAUCGAGAGAGUCAAGACAGCAAGAAAGCAGACGUCAUCGUAGGAAGAACAGAUGAGGCAGUGGAAUGCACUGAAGAUGAAUUAACUAAUCUUGGGCAUCCUGAUAAUCAAGAGCAUACAGUUGACCAACCUUUGGCAAAAGACAAGGUUGCUCUUUUGAUAGGAAAUAUGAAUUAUUGGGAGCAUCCCAAGCUUAAAGCUCCUUUGGUGGAUGUGUAUGAACUGACCAACUUGUUAAGACAGCUAGAUUUCAAAGUCGUUUCACUGUUGGAUCUUACUGAAUAUGAGAUGCGUAACGCUGUGGAUGAAUUUUUACUGCUUUUAGACAAAGGAGUCUAUGGGCUGUUGUAUUACGCAGGACAUGGAUAUGAAAACUUUGGGAACAGCUUUAUGGUCCCUGUGGAUGCUCCAAAUCCAUAUAGGUCUGAAAAUUGUCUGUGUGUACAGAAUAUCCUGAAACUGAUGCAAGAAAAGGAGACUGGACUCAACGUGUUCCUGCUGGACAUGUGCAGGAAGAGAAAUGACUAUGACGAUACCAUCCCAAUCCUGGAUGCCCUGAGAGUCACCGCCAAUAUCGUCUUUGGAUACGCCACGUGUCAAGGAGCAGAAGCUUUUGAAAUACAGCAUUCUGGAUUAGCAAAUGGAAUCUUCAUGAAGUUUUUAAAGGAUAGGUUAUUAGAAGAAAAGAAAAUUACUGUGUUACUGGAUGAAGUUGCAGAAGAUAUGGGUAAAUGUCACCUUACCAAAGGCAAGCAGGCGCUAGAGAUUCGAAGUAGCUUAUCUGAAAAGAGAGCCCUUACUGACCCAAUCCAGGGAACAGCACACUCCGCAGAGUCUCUGGUGCGAAACCUCCAGUGGGCCAAGGCGCAUGAGCUUCCAGAAAGUAUGUGUCUUAAAUUUCAGUGUGGUGUUCAGAUUCAACUGGGGUUUGCAGCCGAGUUUUCCAACGUCAUGAUAAUCUAUACGAGUAUAGUGCACAAACCGCCUGAUAUAUUAAUGUGUGAUGCCUAUGUUACCGACUUUCCACUUGUAAGUCUCUACUUUUUUCUUUUAGAACAUCUGGUCUUCACAGUCUGCCUGUCGUAUCAGUACUCGGGACUGGAAGACACCGUAGAGGAAAAGCGGGAGGUAAAUGUUGGAAAGCCGCUCAUCGCAAAACUCGACAUCCACCGGGGCUCAGGGAGCAAGACGCGCUUCCAGACUUGCGUCAUGUGUGACGGCCCCUACCACAGCCCUGCCGCCGGCUCCGCGGGGGCAGCCCGCUACCGCCCGCCUCGGGACUCCUUCUCCGGCGCUUACCACUCGCAUCUCAGCAGCUCGAGCAACGCGCUGCCGUCAGAUGGCUGUCGCUGCAGCCGGACUGCGGACGCCUUCAUUUCAAGCCAUCGCAGCCACCAUUACUCAUGUCAGUUUGGCAGGAGCAAAUUGUAAUACAAAACCAGAAACAUCACAGGAAAACUGUAGAGCAGUAGCUAUUAUGACUAUAGACACAAAAUCAUCAAAAUACUAGCAAAGUAAGUCUAGCAACGUAUUAAAAGGGUCACACACCAUGAGCAAGUGAGAUUUAUCCCAGGAAUGCAGAUUGGUUUAACAAGUCAUAUAUAAAUUAUAUUGUUAUUCACAGUAGUAAUAUUCUGCAGUGUUGCUAUGAAUACUAAAUUAGCAAAUACAGAGCCACUGCUCCUAGGGGGAGUGUGUGUGUUUCACACAUACACAUAUCUCAAAUAGACUAUAACCUUAACUCCUAAAAACAAUUUAUCCUGGUAGAUUUGUUUUGCUGUAUUAAAAAAAUGAGGUUCAGACUAUUAAGUGACUUGGCUGAGGCCCCCCAGCUAACGGUCCAGUGUCGGGAUCCAGACCCGCCCGGCGGGCCCCAGAGGCAGAGCUCACCCUGCACUGCCUUCCCCUGCCUUCAGAAGUCACGUCUGCAGGAAAGCUGAAGCAAGAAGGCAGGGCACUGUCUCAUUUCUCCUCAGCUGAGAACACGGACGUCAGGGAGAUGAGCGCACCACCAGUCUGCACACGUCCUUGAAUGGUCAUCGAUGGGCUGCAAGUAUUGAUUUGGGGAUUAUAAACAAACCAUAAAUAAGUAAACUGGCAAAUUCACACAGAAUCGUGAGUGAGGAUCCUGUUCAUAAAGAGAAAAGCUACCAUUAACAUUUUAUUUUAACUUUUUUAUCUUGUAUUGGGGUAUAGCCGAUUAACAAUGAAUUAAAACUGGAUUUUACACUUUGGGGUCACCUGACCUUGUGGUCCCGGGAAGUAGCCUGGUUUCAGGGCCCACAGCGGCAUUCCCACCG